CAGCGGACGUUGUGUCGGGUCACGAGCGAGCGAGGGGUUCGGGGGUUUAGGGGUUUAGGGGAUUGGGGGAUUGGGGGAUUCGCCUGGAGAAGAUUCUGCGGAUGUGGGGGAUUUCAUGGCGGAAAGGAGAGGAGUGCGAUUCCGAAUGGAUUAGUUUGUGAAGCCGGCGUCGCUGCGGUUCACUGCGGAGGUGUGGCCAAUUCGACGAGUUUGUGUUGCGGUCGAGGGAUCGGGAGAGGGCGCAAUGUGGAAGGCAGGUGCUCUCGCUCGCGCGUUCUUAUCACGGCCUCGCGCUUCCCUGUCUUCGCGAUGGUCCGCGACGUCCAAUCCUGACGCCAUCGUCGGCGUGUCGCGACAGGGUUUAGCCACUUUUACGAGUGACUCUUCCACCGAAGAAGAUCAUAGUCAUGCGAAUGUAGUAUCGAUCAGUCCUCAAGCGGAAGAGGAGGUAGUUAUCGCUAUUGGAGGUAAUGUCGGCGAUCGCGUGCAAAACUUCAAUAGAGCACUGGAGAUGCUGAGAACUGCAGGAAUUCGGGUAACAGGCCAUGCUUCGUUGUAUGAAAGUGCAGCUGCUUACAUCACAGAUCAACCCUCUUUUCUGAAUUCUGCCGUCAAAGCCAGGACACGGCUGGAUCCACACUCCUUGUUGCGAGAGCUGAAACGAAUAGAAUCCGAAUUGGGGAGGAUUCAAGGCGGAGUGCGUUAUGGUCCGAGACCCAUCGACCUCGACAUUUUGUACUAUGGAGCCAUCACUGUCACAACGGAGUCGCUAGAAAUUCCACAUCCGCGGAUUGCAGAACGCCCGUUCGUCUUAGCUCCUUUGGUAGAUCUUCUAGACCCUGAAACUGUGGAAGUCAGUCCGGGAAGCUGGACCAAGCAUCCGUCAGUGGAGGGUGGUGCGAUUCAAAAUGCCUGGAAGGGUACUUUUGGUGGAGAGACUUGUGUGGGCAAAGAGGGACUCAAGAGGGUGUUGCCCUUGGGCAGGACCUUGUGGGAUUGGAGUCAAAGAACGCACGUAAUGGGAAUAUUGAAUAUAACUCCGGACAGCUUCAGUGAUGGGGGAUCCUUCUUGGGAGUAGACUCUGCAGUUGAACAGGUCAGGAAGAUGGUGUCCGAGGGGGCAGAUUUCAUCGAUCUAGGAGCUCAAUCCACUCGUCCUGGAGCCAGGAGAUUGACAACAGAGGAGGAGAUGGAUCGUCUCCUUCCUGUUCUAGAUGCACUAGCAAAAUCCCCAGGGCUCGAUGGAGUUUGUCUCUCCGUCGACACUUUUGACUCAAGAGUUGCUGCUGAAGCCGUCUCCAGAGGAGUUCAUAUUGUCAAUGAUGUUUCCGGAGGAACGCUGGAUCCUGCAAUGUGGAACACGGUAGCAAAGCUAGGGGUUCCUUACAUAUGCAUGCACAUGCGAGGGGAUCCUCUCACAAUGCAGAACAAGCUGAACACACAGUACUCGAACGUUUGCUCUGAUGUUGCUGCUGAACUUGCGUCGAGCAUCAAGUUGGCAGAACUUGCUGGCAUACCGUCUUGGCGAUUGAUCACAGAUCCGGGUCUUGGGUUUGCCAAAACUGUGGAGCAAAAUGUAGAAUUGAUCAGGCAUCUGCCAGCGUUUCGGGAACAGCUCUCAUGGAGAAACAAAGCUGCCUCUAAUGCGCCACUCUUAAUGGGUCCUUCAAGGAAAGGGUUUUUGGGCAAACUUUGUGGCAUUCCGAAAGCAGAAGACCGAGACUUCGCCACCGCUGCUGCAGUUGCGAUCGCAAUUUCCGGUGGCGCCAAUAUCAUUAGAGCUCACAAUGACCCGCUGACUGAAUCCGACUCGAUGGAUAAUUCUUGCAAACCGCUCGCAGCACAGGGUAGAAGUCGUCAGGACCUCGGAACACGUGGCAUGGAUAUGACUUCAACACUCCCCAGUCCAGAAACCGACAUCCGGAGCCUCAGUGAGGAAACUGUCCAGGGCUAUAUAUUACCGAGUCAAUGCCCCGGAAAGAGUAACCGCAGAGCUGUCUUCAUCUUUCCUAAUCCUGAGUUUCUCGUCUUGCUCGACGACAUGCCUCACGGUCGUUCUCAUCUCAUAUUCCCAACUGCUUUGACGCAUCUGCUUCUGUCCUUCUCACUUUACCCCAGAGGUACGUGUGGUACGGUUGAACUGGCAUAUGAGACACCCCGAGGCCGCAAUCUUUUCGAGCUGGAUGAGCGAGUUGACACUGGGACUCAUGACAAGGUAAAUGUGAGCACCGGCGAUGGCAGUUGUCCCGAUCGUCAUGUGAAGGCCCUCGAUGGGCGGAGUUAAAUCCUGAGCUGGCGCCGGGCAGGCUUUUGCGUCAGGGACUCAUUUUCUUCGGCUCAGGCAUAUCUUGGAAAUGCGCUGUUGCUGUGAAGCUUUCACAAAGUCCAAGCACUGCCUGCCUCGGGGAGACUUGGGCUGCUCUUCGUCCCACUCGCUCCUGUCCAAACACGGGACCUCGGACUCGAACGCUGUGGUGUCAGCCAGUGUUGGGAUGGUCAAACGAUAAGUCCCCACCCAGAGACGCUUCUGCGACUCGAAGACUUCCAAAUGAGGAGAGGGACCGUAACCGAGCAGACCGGAUCUUCUGGUGGCCAGUACUGCGAAGGACGAUGACGUACGGAGGCCUGAUGCUAGACUCUAGAUCGGAGGGGGGAUUCCAUGGGAAACUCUCUGGAGCUCUCCCCGAAUGCUCCUGCUGGGGUGCCGGAUCCAACAUGAAUCCCAUCUGCGAAGGUCGAGCGAAGUGCCAUCGCUCUCGUUGCCGUGUGGGAUCGACUCCAAGCGACCAGCCCGGCUAGACAAGGAUGGCCUACAGACGCUGACAUCGGGAGGCAAUGGCCGGGAGGAUCGUUAGGCAGGCCUGGCAUGUGUAACGGAGUGGCAUGCAGGCGAUGAGCUUCUUGCAGCGGAGCGAAUGAAGGCCCUCGCUCCCUCGACCGAAGUACGAGCCUCGGCCCUGGGAACUCCAGGCGCUCAGAGUCAAACAAUCAUCACUUCAUGUGUCUGCCAAGCGUUAACAAGAUGUCUGCAUGUGUUCACUGUCUCACCUGGAUUGUGCAGCCUUUGACGCUAGAUCGGCCAUAGGCCCAAAGCGCGUGAAUUUGCUCGACCUGCGUCACGAGCGUCUUUCGUUCUGCGCGCCGCAGUCACUUUCGAACGCAGCUAGAUUUGCGCCCGGCUGCCGCCGACCAUCGGUCUGUAACGGCGGUUGCUGCAGGAUCGAGGUGAAGACGUAAGCUCGGAGGAUUUGUCAAUGUUACCGAGUCGGUUUGCUGCAGUCCUUCCUCUCGUGUCCGAUAACAAGCUUCAGCCCUCGUCUUCAGCUCGGCAGUAUAAGCCAUAUCAUACGACGCUGCGUCACACCUCCGACAGUAGAGCUUCAUCCGUCUACUCUCAGCCUUGAAACUCGAUUGUCCACGAGUUGAGCUUGAACUUCCCUGUCGAGAGCUUUCGCACAGUUGCUUUGGCCACGAUGACGUACUUUGCUCGUGCCUUCCACAUCUUUUCCUGCGAGAGUUCUGCAAUUAGUUGCCCGACUCCGCCUGACAUCCCACUUCCGGGAUUGGAGCGAGUCACGUGUUCAUCAGGUGCCCUAUUAGACCCUUACAGAAGCAGCUAUCAAGGAGAUUCUCCACGUCAAAGAUUUCAGGUUUGGUGGUUAUGAGAGGAUCGUUUCCAUCGUAUGCAGACGUAGUCGUAAGCAAAUCAAAAAUCGAGUUGAGUUAGAUGAGCCCAGACUGUAGUUCUUCGAAAGAUCCCUUUGUACUUCCGGCUUCAGUUUAAAAGAAUCACGCUUUUGCAGCUAUCCGCACUGGACGAGAGAGCUGUUGUGUAGUCGACGUGCGACGUACAUGAAAAGGAUUGUUGCGUGAACGAAACCAGAAAGACCC